GAAAGAAAAUCUCGCAGGAAGUUGAAGCUGAUGAUGUUUUGAUAUAGAAAUAGGAAGUUAUUUUUAAAGUAGACCUUAAGGAAAUGCCUUUGUUUUGCGACCUGCCAUUAAGCUAAGAGAAGAAGAAGAAAUGCCUUUGUUAAUUCAAAAUAGGGGAGUUGACUGCAUAAGCUCGACAACAGAAUUGUUCGACAGAUACCCACAUUUAAAGGAAAAUGCAAGAACAUUUCACUCCAAGCCUCUUGUUGAGAUUGAUCCAAAGUGCCUCCUGUAUGUCCAACAAAGGGAAUUUGCUGCAACAACACCAUCAGACAAUUGUGUUUCAGUCAUUGGAUCUGAUGAUGCCACCACGUGCCAUUUGGUUGUGCUGCAACACACCGGAAGUGGAGCAGUUUGCCUCGCACAUUGUGAUGGCUCCAGCACUUGGUCUGAAGUCCCACUCCUUGUGAAAGCUGUCACAUCAUUGAGUAACAUCAGGAAAGAGGGCAGACUUGAGCUUCAUCUUGUUGGGGGAUUUAAUGAUGAGUCAAAGACAUCCCAUAAACUCAGCCUUAACAUACUGGCAGCAUUUCAGAAACAGAAAGAAGAGAUUCAUCUAGAAACAUGUUGCAUCACAGAAAUGAAUGACAUUGUUGUUGAUGGAUCUCACAGACCUGUAGUAUAUGGAAUAGGAGUAAAUGUUAAAACAGGGGAUGUGUUCCCUUCGUCAUUCACUCACAAAGGGCCUGCAGAGGAGCUGCGAUCAGCGCGGACCUUCACUGGAGGAGAGAUGGCUGACAUAUAUGACUCAAGUCGGGGACUUGUAAAAAUUGGCCCUUGCAAUUGGUCUCCAAAUCUGGAUAUUGCCUUUUGGUUGUCACAAAAUGAUGACACAAUUUUAAAGUACCUGUCCACCUCUCCCAUGGCUGAGCCACCACAUUUUGUCCAGCACAUGAAGUCUACUAUUCAGUUCCUUUUAGAACACCCCAACUCUGACAGCCUGUUUCCUGGGGGUCAGCCACAGCUCUACCAUAGGACUGAGAGAGGGGACUGGGAAAGGGUUUUCCAGCCAUAGAGGCCUGCUUCUGUUUUUCACUGAACCUUAACAUGAAACCUGACCUUUUUUGCCUCUCAUCUCAAUGUCUAUCCACCUACUGUCUGCUUUUUGUUUGUCAUGUCUUAACAAGAAUAUGAGCCCAGACUGGACCAUGUCUGCUGAAUGUCUGGCUUUCCUGAAUCAUCUGACUGGUUGACUGGUCACGUAAAGAAAACAGAGGAAGAAGUAAAUCUGUUCAUGCCUGUAACGUGUGUUUAUAUACCAUGGGUACAGAAAGUAUUCAGACCCCCUUAAAUUUUUCACUCU